AAAGAAUUUCAUGACGCAUUGUCCAGUGGCACCAAGUAUUCUCUGUUUCUUUUCGCGUACUCCAAAUUAACGUACACACAUUUGGGCAUCGACACAAAUAUAUCUUCAUCCUCAGAAUCCAAACCCUAGCCCUUAAAAUAUCUAAUUUGAUUCACAAUGAAGCUGAGGCUCAGAUCAAUUGAAACAAAUCAAACCCUUAAACUUGAAAUCCCCAAUUCUUCUUCUCUUUUAGAUCUUAAACAAGCCCUUUGUUUGCAGAUCAAUUCAUCUUCUGAUGCAAUACAUCUCUCUUUAAAUCGUAAAGAAGAGCUUCUUGGGGAAUCUUCCCAACAAACCCUUCAAUCCCUUGGAGUUAUAUCAGGUGAUCUCCUCUUUUUUUCUGUUAAUUCAAGUUUUUCUUCUGACCCGACCCGACCCAGUAGUGAAAAUAUUCAAGAUUCCGUUAAUUUUUCGGUUGUAGAGUCUGAUAGGGUUGAUAAUAUGAAAGAUGAAAGUGUUAAUUUGAAUACCCAUGAAGGGAAUUGUGUUAAUUUGGAUGGUGAUGAAAAGCUUGUUGAUUCAGAAACCCUAGGAAAAUUAGAUGAUAAGAAUGAGGGAGAUUUGGAUUCGGGGGAUACCCGGAUGGGGGAAAAUGCGGAGUUUAUGGAAAUUGAUGAUGAGGGGCUUUAUUUUGAUGUUGGGAAGUCAUUGUCUGUUCCGGGUUUUUUGAGGAAAGUGUUUACAGAGGAAUUAGGAAAUGAUGGUGGUGAUCAUCAUAAGUUAUUGGUGAUUGCAGUUCAUGCAGUUUUAUUGGAGUCUGGAUUUGUUUGUUAUGAUCAUGUUACCAAUUUGGUGAUUAAGGGUUUUAAAUUUCCUGAGAAGUGGCCGUCUUCUGCGUUUGUGAUGUCUAUGAGGUACACUUUGCCUGAGAUUGUGACUCGUGAUGGUUUUAAAGUUGAUGGAGUUAAGACAGUUGUAUUGAAGUUUCAGAGCUUGGGAAAAUUCUUUAAGGUUUAUGGAUCACUUUCUAUGGGUUCUGGGACGCAUUGUGUGUGCAUCAAUGAAGAUCAGUUAGUGCCGUUCUUGAAUCUUAUAUGGGCGAAUUGUGGGUCUGUGAGUGAAACUAAUGUGAACGGUGGAGUUCUCUUUACUGACCCUGCUCGUGAAGUUUUUGCAUUUUGGAGAACUGUGAAGGAUAAACUUGCGUUGCCCCUAUUGAUUGAUUUGUGUGAGAAGGCUGGUUUGGAACUUCCACCAUGCUUCAGCCGACUUCCAACUGAUCUUAAGCUUCAGAUAUUGGCAUGUCUCCCUGGUGUGGAUGUAGCAAAGGUUGGAUGUACAUGUUCUGAGUUAAGGUACUUAAGCUCAAGUGAUGAUUUGUGGAAGCAGAAGUUUGUGGAACAAUAUGGAGAUGCCGAACCAUCUGAGGGAGAGGCCCUUUGGAAAGAGAAGUUUGCCAAGGCUUCCGAGAAGCGAAAAAGGAGGAGAAUAGCUGCUAGUACUUCUUUAAUGAGGAGGGAUCGUCAUCCCUUCCCAGGUGUGAUCCCUGGUCCGUUUCCAGGACAGUUUCCUGGUUCAUUUCCGGGACAAUUUCCAGGUUCGUUUCCGGGUCGAAUCCCUGGCAUUCUUGGUGGAGAUCAUGACAUGUUACCUGCCAGUAUCUUUAGGCCCCUGCUUCUACCUGAGCGAGGAAAUCCUAGGUUUAGGAAUUUGUUGCCCCACUGUAAUAUGGGAGAACUUGGUUGACUAGCCUGGCAACUCGACUGAAUUAUGUUUCAGGAAUAUGUUAAUAGUUCAAUACUACCUAAGUUGUAUUAAAACUGUUUAUUUUUUCUCUUUAAUAUAUUAAAACUGUUCUGUUUGCAGUUUUGUGCUA